GUUAAUAGAUUAUUAAUACUGAGAAAUGCAGAUUAUAAAACGCGGGUUGGUUAACUGCGCAGGCGAAAGGUUCACAGAAGUAAAAACGUGCUCUUUUGAUACAAUCGCAAUAUUACGUUGGGCGGCAGCAGUCAUCUAAUCCCGAAACGAAGCGUAUCUGUAAUCGAUAUCACACCUAAACAAUUCCAAGGGCUCCUAAGUUUAGCAGGCAAACAAGUUACAUGUGUACCAUCAAAAAAAAAACAACCUUUCGGUCCCAAUAAUAUUUGUAAAAAAAAUCCGACAUUUAAAAAAAUAAUGUAACCGGAUGUUACCUCCUUUUUUAAACUGUUGUUACAUAGAAAGUAUUGGCCUUCAUUCCUGCGACAGCCGCAUCGCACUGCAUCUCCCAGCACUCGAUUAGUUGUUGUUAACAGAGGUUCCAGCUGUAUUUUAUAGUUGUUGAAGUUCGUUUUCCUGAAAUAAAAAGAGAUACUUUUUGUAUGUUCGUGACAAAAACCAGAUUUAAGGGAAACGUCGUCAGCUACGGUGAUAUUCGUAAAACGUACAAGAAAUAAUGAAAUUCACCAAUCACUAAAAGGAGCACGAAGGAAGCAGAGUGGACAGAGUGUUAACAGAGAACCUGAUCCCUCCACUCCUCGAGAUUUCGGCAAAGACCGAUAUUCGCAAAACGACCCUUUUAGAUCAGAACACAAAAGCAAUGAACGGCAGGCAUAGAGGGACAACCAUAAGCAAGUUUUACAGGGGACCGUAAGAAACAUAGUACAUUCUCAACUACUGCGAGCACAUAACGAUGGCAGAUUUCAGGGCGAUAUGUCGCAAGUAGGGAAGUACAAGAUAUAUUAAGAGGAAUACACAACAAGCCAUAAGCCUCCAAUAAACAAAAAAGGUUCUACUCGAUCAAAAUGGAAAACAAUUAUGCAACCGAUGUUUCGGUAGACCCAAGGAUCGAAGCGGAAGUAAAAGUAUGGUCAACAAGCUUUCUAUAAAUUUCAUUUGAGUUUUUGGAUCGCGAAAGCUAAAAUCGGUAUAAGCAACCGUUCACAGGAUUCUGCUUAAGAAAUUUAGGGUAUGGGAAAAAGGACCAGCAGCCGUUCUAGGUGGUACAUAAUGAGUUCAACAUUAGUCCAAGAUGAGUAAUGUUAAGGAGGAACGAGUAGUUGAAUUACCUAAGAAAGAAUUUACGACCGAAGAACUGUGUUAGUCUCGAUUAACUAAGGCUGGCCUAAGCGCCUUCUUAAAGCCAAAGAAAAUAGUGGAGGUACAUUCGAAUUCACCUUCAGUCCAUCAAUUCCUGAUUAGCCCUUUGAUGUAAAACAUUUACAUUUAAAGGUUUGUAUUACACUGAAAACACCUUUAAAGUAAUCCUUAUUACUUAUAAUAUUGGAUAAUACUGAAUAUUUUCCCCUAGUCGAUUAAUUUAUCUUAGGUCAGAUUAGGCUUAGAUUAAUAAUCUGAUCUACUCUGACCGCUUUUAAUAAAGAUGAUUAUGAGGCCAACAAUCUAAAGACUACUGAGAGUUAGAAAACAUUUUAACGUAUUUGUCAAAAAGAAGAAAAUAAUUCAACAAGACUUUUACGGGCUUUCUAAGUACGUUCUUUUAAAUAGGUGCCUAAGAAUUUAAUUUUAGGUAAGUUUCAACAUAGAAUCUGUUUUAAAUAUCGUCCUACCCUCCUACUUUGCUGUCUAAGCAAUAGUAAAUUAUACAGUAUAAACUACGAACAUAAGGCAACUUGGGUACACACAAAGAAAACGUUAUUUUUUUCUAUAGUGUAUCUUUUUUUUUUAUUUGUUUUAUCUACUUGUGUAAAAUGUUCUUUCUGUAAAAAAAAGAAACAUUUUCGCACCCCCCUAGUUUCUUUCCAUCCUGAGCUUUUCCAUGUCCAGUUGGCUGGCGCAUCUUUCUUGUCAGCGAGUAUAUGCCAGCGGGAUCUCUAUUGUGACGUUUCUCCGUACUCUUAGCUUAUCGAGGUAUAUUCACUACUAAUGCCCCCUUUAAGCAUCUUCCAAUUUCCCAACAUCUCAUUUAUCUCAUCCCCGCCGAAUAUGAGGUUUAUAAAAGAUAUUUCCUCCCCACACUCAAAUAUAUUUUUAGCCGUCACUGUGCCGGUUUAUGGUCUCUCCCAAUAGUUUUUGCUCUUCCAUUCCGAUACUCGUUUAAAUCCCCUUCACUAAUGAUAUUCGUCUUUUUCUUUGUUUAUCUGCGUCAUCUAAAGAGUCUUUAAAGUAUACCAAGCUUGUAUUUGGUGACAUGUAGUACCUAGAUGUAAUCGGACCGUUCUGUACUUUUGCGUAGACCUAGCCCUGUCGUGUACCGUCAGAAUUGGUAUAAUCCAUAUUAGAGCAUCGCCAUUCUCGCCGUUGAAGUGGCCUUAGCUUUUUUUUGAACAUGAGCCAACAUAUGUUGGGCUCAUUGACUUUCAAUACUCCUGUUUUUUCUUCAAUUUCUAGUGCAUCAGACUCUAUUGUCUAUAGAGUGAAUAUUCGAAAGAGUUUGCCCUAUAGCCGGUCGUAUCUUCGCAGUUCCAGCACUCACCUUUUUUGUGUAAUCUUUGGUGACGUAGCUUACAACUUUUCAUCUACGAGACAGCAUCUGGGGUUAUGAUCGGCACUUUCGCCUGUACUAAUGAUCCGGCAAUGCGGAGUCUCCAAAAAUUAUUCUCCUCGCCAUGCAAAAUAGAAUCCAACUUGUUGUUAGCAAAGCCUUCAAAGAGGAACACUUUAAUGAUUAAUGCUUCUCGUGUUUUUUGUUGCAGGUACAUUUUUCUUCACCGAAUUCUUCCGUUAUAGUUGCAAUUAAUCCUGAUGAUAUCCCUUUCUCAUUUCUCGAAAAGGGUAUCGAAAAUGCAGCAGCAAAAUGGAUAAGCUUCUUCUACAAGCCAGGCCUUUGCUUUCGACAAUUUUUACGACGUAUAGACAGCAAUUUUCAGGAGAUCUUUCUCAAAAGCCUUCGGAAGAUAGGACUUUAAGAACAUCCCGCGGUCCUUUUUGUAGAUUCCAAGUCCGUUCAGCAGACUGAGACGUCUGCUACCACUGAAGAUUUCGUAAAAGAAAAGGGCUAGGAGCCGAGGACUGAGACAGAAACGACCGAAAAAGAAAGCACUUUAAAAACCUUACCUCAAACACAUGCACGACUGCUGGAACUGGAAGAGUGUUUCAUGCAGCUGGUAACUCCAGGGCCGAAGGUAUUACUGCAAAAGUUCCUUCAUCAGAUCAGAGAGCAAUGAAUAGCAACCAACUAGCUAAAAUUCUAAACAACUACGAUCCCCAUUCCGCGGUGCGUAAGGGCAUUGAAAUUAAGUUUCGACACGUUGAUCUUUCGGAGUCGGUGUCGUUCUUAAUUUGCGAUCGCUUUUUCAUAUCGGUUCAAUGUAAGAAAUGCAAGAAGAUUGCCGAUUUCCAGUUGUUCCCUGCACGACGCGCAGUAACCUCUUGCGCAAGGUGUCAAACAAAGCUAGAGGCGUGUUUUCGGCCAUGUAUAUUAUUACAGUUCAACCCAGUUGUUGGUUAUCUCGAGUUGGAUGAUUGUACAGUAAGAGAUGUUGCGUUACCUCGUUGCCACUUUUACGCAGAUUGCCAAAGCUGCUUAAAAUUGAACCCAUUUGAAGGAAUUCAUAUGGGUCAACGUGUGUCGUCUAAUUGUUUAACAUGCGGCAUCAAGAUGCAGCUCAUAAUCGACUCGAUCAAGUUCAUAGACAUGUGUGCUAUCGACGCCAACAUCAAAGCUUCGCAAGUCAAAAAAGCAAAUAAAGAUAGUGCUAUCCAAGCAGGCAAACCACUUCCCAACAAAGGCAUUUGUAAGCACUAUAAGAAGAGUUUCCGAUGGUUUAGAUUCCCAUGCUGCGGGAAAGCAUAUCCAUGUGAUGACUGUCAUAACGAACAGGAGAGCGACCACACUGCUGAAUUUGCCUCCCGCAUGAUUUGUGGUUUUUGCGCCAAAGAACAGCCAUUUUCGAACGAUAAACCAUGCUUACAGUGCAGUAAUUUUAUUACUGGAAAACGAACAGCUCACUGGGAAGGCGGUAAAGGUUGUAGAAACAAGGCUAAAAUGAGCGCCAAUGACGCGAAGAAGUACACAGGUCUAAAUAAAACAAUCUCCCGUAAGGUGUACAACAUAGGAUAUCUGGGAGUCCAAGUGAUUGACUGAAUGUCAGUCAUAUUGUUUGACUGUCUGAUACCUCUUAGCAAACCAACAAGCACGUGGACAACAAUUUGAUAAUCAUAACGUCGUCAGCCAGCGGCAGCUUCCAGUGAAAGAUUAUAAGUAAACCCUAUUAGUGACGUGGUCAAGCAACCAAGCCCCGUAAUAAUAAACACACUACUACUCACGAACAUUUGUCGUUUGGAAGUGCAGCGAAAUCCCUGCACAUUCUUUUUUGGGAGGAUAAUUUGGAGGCAAGACGGUUCACAGCAAGGAUUACGCCGAAGGACCUAAAUUUCUAGCAAAAUCAGCUCCGUCAAAAGAACGUUAUAUGUUUGGUUCAACGGGUCAUUACGGAAGAAUGAGACGUAAGAUACUGAUGUAACGUAACGAUAAAAACACAAUCGACAAGUAUCAAGGGUUAGCUCAUACACUUUCUGUACUAAUCAUUUUCUGAGCACGAAGCCCCCGCCAAGACAAAUGAUUUGCCAAAUUUUGUUUUUAGGACCUGUAAGAUACACCCACGUUCCGGCUAACCGAAUUCGAUUCAGAUUGCCUGAAAACAUUUUUGAAGGAUCUACGUUCCGACUGGAUCUUCACUCGGAAGAGACUAUGGUUCGCGCUUAUGGGAGCUACAAGGGCCUAAUUCAUUGGAACUUAUUACAAACCAGGUGGUUGAAAGCUACGCUUAUUUGGUCCAGUUGCACUGAGUCAACUAAACCAUUUAAAAUAAAGGGCCAAACAGACAAGGUUAGGUUACCCUACUCAAUGAUAAUAUGAAGUUACACACGGCAAAAAUCGUCAAAGCUGUCUUCCUGGAUUUUAAACGGGACGUUAUGCACUUUCCAUAUUCAAACCUUGGGCCGACGGAUUUUCACCCUUCCCGUUCAUUGGGCACUCGCUUUCGCAGCCUUACCUUCGAUACGGAUCAACUGAAAGUAGUUGAUGGAAGUGGUUGGAAGACCUCUUCGAGAAAAAACCCGCUGCCCUUUAGUGAAACAGCCUAUAUCAUUUAGCGGAAAGAUGAGAAAAAAUUAUGAACAGUGAUGGAAGAUACAUAACUUGCAAGUUACAAGAAUAAAAAAUAUGGUGUUUUCUGUUCCAUCGAGAUAACUGCGAGAAAUCUAUUAUCAAAUCUAAUAAGUACUUACCAGAUCAAAGUCUUUAAAGUAUCAAAAAUACCUUAAAGGAGAAAUCUUACAAUAGAGAAAAUCUAAAAAACAUCUUUAAAGCCUGACCUAGCGACCAGAAAAACGGUGGCACAUGUACAUUAAACCCAACGAAGGUGACUAAUUGACGUAAAAUAGUUUUAAUUGAAGCCUAGUUGUUACUAGACAAUUACUUUACAUCUUGCACCCAUAAUUGACGAUUACUCAGAGAUACCCUGAAUUUAUAAAUCAUAUUUCAAGAUUGUGUGGCCAGCAUUCACUCCAACCCUGUUUUUAGUUGGUGCGCAUUGAAAAACUACAUCUCGAAAAUGAAUAAUUUUUCUUUAUUUGACAGGAGCAUGCAUA